UUGCAUUAACAUGCAUCACAAAACAAAUUAAAUAUUCUUAAGAGUUUUUCAAGUAUUCAUUCAUGGCUUUUAAGAUUUUUCCUCUCAUCUCCUUUCUCUUCCUCAUUUUCAUACUACUUGCUCCUAGUGGCCAUGCCAAGAGGAGCAUCCCAAGUGGCAAAAAAACCUUUUUUGCCUCAGCUUUUGAAUAUUUCAUCAAGAAAUUAAAAGGUUGUCACAAGGGAAACACUACUAAAGGGAUCCAUGAGCUCAAAGCCUACCUCGAGAAAUUCGGUUAUCUCAGAUAUCCAAACAAAACACAAGCCACUGAUGAUGAUUUCGAUGAUAUCCUCGAAUCAGCCGUCAAAACCUACCAAGAAAACUACCACAUCAAACCCUCAGGGAUCGUGGACGAUGAGACGAUAUCAAAAAUGACAACCCCACGAUGCGGGGUGCCUGACAUCAUCAACGGCACUAACUACAUGCAUCCUCGACACAGAAACCACAAGUCGUCUGGCUCGAGCGGCGUCCACGUGGUGUCCAACUACAGUUUCUUUGAUGGAGAGCCUAAAUGGCCGCCUUCCAAAACCCAUCUGACCUACGGGUUCUUGCCCAACUUUCCCGCCAACGCCGUGGCCCCCGUGGCACGUGCCUUUCAGAAGUGGCAAUCCUCCACACACUUCACCUUCGCACGUGCCCAAACCAACGCGGAUUUGGUUAUAGGGUUCUACCGCGGGGACCACGGCGAUGGAGCCCCUUUUGAUGGCCCCCUCGGCGAUUCCAUAGCUCAUGCAUUUGCACCACCUGAUGGAAGGUUCCAUUACGACGCGGACGAGACGUGGUCGAUUGGGGCGGUUGCCGGUGCUUUCGACUUGGAAACCGUCGCGCUUCACGAAAUCGGGCACCUUUUAGGGCUCGGACAUAGCAUGGAUGAGGCGGCAAUCAUGUAUGCAAUGAUCGGAGCCGGAGGGAUUAAAAAUUUGAAUGCAGAUGAUAUUCAAGGAAUAAGGGAUUUAUACAAUAUCUAAAAUGUGUGUGUUUAUUUGCAUGUUAUGUUGGGAUUUUUGUAAUAGUAUCUAAGGUUCGUCGUUGGCUUUUAUGCAUGUUGUCGUAAGUUGUUAGGUUAAUUCUAUGAAAUAUGAAAUAAAGUCUUUUUGUUUUCUUUAA